CAAAAAAAAUCGGAGGAACAGUGGAGGUUUGCACACUUAUCGCCAUGAUUGUAAAAGCUUUCGCAUUUCUGGGCAUUGCGGUUGCCCUAGCUUCCGCAGCCAUAACCAUCAACCCAAGCCGACCGGUACUGUUUGGCACACACAGGGUCAUUCCGCGAAACCUCGGAAGCAAUGCUGAGUCCAACAAUACUGCCCUGUGGAAUACGGUGAAUCUCCGACAGGUGUACACAAACCCGCAGAACAGGAACUCCUUUUCGAUGCGGUACGUAACGAACAACCGUCACUACCGAAGAGGCGGACCAAUUUUCCUUUUUGUCGGAGGUCCAUGGCCCCUGGAGGCGCAUCUCGUUGAGCAAGGACACUUCGUGGACAUGGCCGCCGAGAUGAACGGUUUCUUGGUUGCUAACGAGCUGCGGUAUUACGGCGAGAGCAUCCCGGUUGAAGACGUCAGUCGUAACAACUUCCGCUAUUUGCACAACGUUCAGAUAUUGUCCGAAUUGGCCACCUUCAUUGCACACCUCAAAGAAGAUGUUGUAAGAGAUCCGAACGCUAAGGUUAUUCUUGCCGGAGUUGGCUAUUCUGCAUCUCUGGCUCAGUGGAUGAGACAACGAUUCCCCCACUUAAUACAUGGAGUGUGGUCGUCCAGUGGAAUGGUACGAGCUAGUACCAACUAUCGUGAGUUUGCCGAAGUGGUUGGAGAGAACAUUCGUCGUUUUGGUGGGGAUGACUGCUAUAGCACCAUUUGGCGUGCUUUCCGUACUGCCGAGAAUCUGAUAGACGCUGGACUUUCCACAACUGUGGAUGAACUAUUCCACACUUGCCGUCCUAUUGACGCAGCAAACGCUCUUGAAGUAGAGGCAUUCUUCUACGGAAUAUUCAACGAAAUCAGCCGGGAAGUCGUUGAUGCCGACCUUCGCGGAAACAUCAAACAAAUGUGUGAACCGUUGACUGCUUCCGACGAUGAAAAUAGCCUUCUAGAACUGGCUAGUUGGUUGACUGGUCGCUUUCCAAACGCAGAAUGUUUAGCAAUGGAUUUCCAGAGCAUUGUGGAUACCUACAACACAAUCGAUGUGGAUAGCGAAAUUGUCAAGUCCGGUGAACGUCAAUGGAUGUUCCAGCGCUGUACCGAACUUGGUUGGCCCCUCACGGCUGCGUCGCAAUAUCAACCGUUUGGCCGACGGUUCUCGACAGAUCUUUUCCACGGAAUUUGCGAGCAAUUGUUUGACGACUGGUUAACUCGCGAUAGGUUCGAAGCCCUGAUUAGGCAAACAAACGACUAUUAUGGGGGAGCACGUCCCGAUAUACGGAACAGCAUUUCCACUCAAGGCACGUUGGACCCGUGGAGCUUUGCCGGCGUCAGGGAAGUCAUCUUCAACAAUACGUAUGUGACCAUCAUCCGGGAUGCUUUCCACGGGCAGGAUAUGGCUUCCAUUUCCGAGGAGGACUCGAUUGAGCUGAGACGCAGCAAGGAGAUGGUGAGGGAUACGAUCCGCCGAUGGGUGGAAACCAGAUAACUUGAAGCGGUGUUGAGCAUAUUUAUUAGGAUUUGACACAUAUUCAGUCUGUCCAGCAAAAAGAUAGUUACCAUACUAAGAUUAAUAACCGAAAAAUUAAAUUAUCCGGAAAUAAAAUAUUACACGAAAUCUACAA